AUGCAGAGUGAUGACGUUAUUUGGUCCGUGAUCAACACGCAGUUCUGCUCUUACAAAGUCAAAACUACCACACAAAACUUUUGCCGCAAUGAGUACAAUGUCACAGGCUUCUGCAAUGGGCAGAGCUGUCCUUUGGCAAACUCGCGUUAUGCGACUGUGAGGGAGAAAGAGGGUGUACUAUACCUCUACGUGAAGACCAUUGAGCGUGCUCACUCGCCUGCGCACAUGUGGGAGCAAAUAAGGCUUUCGAACAAUUAUUCCAAGGCUCUGGAGCAGAUUGACAAAGAGCUCAUACAUUGGCCGAAUUUCACGAUACACAAGUGCAAGCAACGUGUAACCAAAAUUACCCAGUAUCUCAUCAAAAUGCGGCGACUUGCUCUGCGGCAACAACCGAAACUCGUAGGGGUGAAAAAGAAACUGGAUCGCAGAGAAGCCGUACGAGAGCGAAAAGCACUGUCGGCUGCGAAGCUCGAACGUUCCAUCGAGGCGGAACUCAUUGAGCGACUAAAGUCGAAGGCAUACGGUGACGCUCCGCUCAAUGUGAAUGAGGCCGUCUGGCAGGCCGUACUGGACCGCGAGCGUGGCGAGAAGGCCGGCGACAAGGGCAAGGGCAAGGAGAUGGACAUGGAGGACGACGAGACAGACGAGGAUGAAGAAGAGCUGGAGGAUGAAGAUGAAGGGUGGGGAGAGCGGGAGUUCGUGAGUGAUUUGAGCGGAGAGGAAGAUGGACUGAGUGACUUGGAGGAUGUUGUGUCGGACGAAGAAGACGACGAUGAGGAUGAGGAGAGCGAUGAGGAGGACGAGAAGUCCCGGAAAAUGGUCCUCGGAAAGCGCAAAGCACCUUCCAAACCCCAGAAGCCUCCACGCAAAGGGCCCGAGAAGAAGUCGAGGCGUGGCCCGCGGGUCGAGGUGGAAUACGAACACGAGAUGGAGAGCGUACCGCUUACCAAGGAGGUCCUGGCGAACUGGUAG